CAUUCGCAGACAUCCACAAGGCCACAUCGCUCGCGCGAGGGGGCAUGCCGAUGCCGGGCGGCAGUGCCUCGGCGGACGAUCUGCUCGCGGCGCGGUCGGGAGAGGGGGCGGCCGCACCUUUAGCCCUGGGCGUGCUUGGACGUCGUCGACGAGCCCGUUCUCCCAGACGAGCGGCACCUCGUG